AUGAGUCUAAAGGUUGCAGCGAUCCCACACCGCCAUCUUUAUAAGGUGAAAACAGCCCCGCUCAUGGCACCCUUCGCGCCCGCAGCGCAGCGAGGAGGACGGACCUUCCUGCCCCCCCUCCUCCGGGCGAGUGACCGGGAGGUUCAGCAGCGCGGGGAGAGCAGCCGCAUCUCCGCUCCUUCCGCCUCUGACUCCCGCACGGCCCGCAGGGCCCCGGGCUCCCGCUGGAGCGCUCAGCCGCGCCUCUGCGCCAGCCGGCACCGCGCUAAUCUCCCCCUUCCUCCUCCUCCUCCUCCUCCUCCUUCUCCUCCUCCUCCUCCUCUCCUGGCGGCUGCCGUUGCCGCUCGCCGCUCCAUUGCAGCGCCGCGCCCGCUGAUCCGCUCUGACAGCGCCGGGGAAGGGGAGGUCAGAGGCAGUCACCGGCUCGGGGCACCCCGGCGGGCCCGGCCGGGGCGGCUGCCGCCGCAGCCAAUACGCGGCGGGGAGGAGGGGGCGCGGGGGGGCUGCCCCUGCCGCCUCUCCCGGCCCGGCCCGCCGCCCCGCCGGCGGCACGCAGCGGCCUGGGACGGGCGCGUCUUAAUCGCCAGGCCCGGAGCGGGCACAGGGCUGCAAACCUCGGGUUUCAGCGCAUACGGAAUCACGUCGGCAGGCAGCGGGGGGAAGGCCGGGAAGGCAGAGCCCGGGCAGGACGGCACGGGUGGGCGGCAGUGGGCGGCAGCGCUGUACUCCGGGACGCGCUCUCUCCGCCUGAUUUGAGGUAGGCAGGAGCCCAGGCACUUGCAAACCCCAGAACAGUGGGCCGGAAUGUCAUUUACUGCCCGCAGUGCCAGUUUACAUUCUCUACUGGAAGAGAAGACACUGAGCUUGAUAUACAUCCCACUGGCACAGGUGGUAAAAAUGUAAAGGUUGCAUGCCAAUUCAUCUUUUUGGCUACAUUACAAGAAAGGACGAUCUGACUUAUGUGUCUAACUGUAGAAAAUGGUCAUUGCAGAGAACCCCACUUGAAAUAACCUGAAGCUACAUGUCUCAAAUUCAUACACAGAGAAUGACUUACCUAGAGCCCUGAGACAGCUUUUGAAUCCCCAUGCACUCACAAUAAACUGACUGGCACCGGGAUUACAC